AUGAUGACAAUCAAACGAACAAGAACUGGACAAGUUAACCUCCCCCCUCAAACUCAAACCCAAUCACAUCCCCGCGGCCACCACCUCCGCUCUCCGCUCCGUCGUCAUAUCUCAUCUCCCUUGCGCACCAGAACUUUUCAUAUACUUUCAUAUUCAUUUUUUAUUAUUAUCAUUAUAAUGUUUCCGUCUGUGUAUAUGUGUCUGUGUGUAUGUGUUCGUUCGCCCUUGCUUUGCUUUUUUCUUCACUUGAUUGAUUGUCUAUCUCUUUCUCUCCCUCUCCUCCCCCUUUCCUCUCUCCACCUUCACUGGCUACGACAUACUUUUGUCCUGUUGUUGUGUGAGAUUUUACUUUACUAUUUUUUCGUUGUUGUUGAGAGAGAUGGGGCUCACUUUAGUCACGCACGCACGCAGACAAGCACAUGCGGACGCCGGCUGUUUCCGAAUGAAUGA